AUGAUAUCACAUUGGUGCAAAAUGUCUGAUCCUGGUGAUUGGCACUUCAACUUCAAUGAUUUUCUCAUCCUUUGGCUUGGCCUGCAAAGACAUCUUUUUCAACAAACCAGCAAUUUGCUCCCCCGAGUAAUCCAAACCCAAACAGGAGUUGAUAUAGGCGAUUUCGGCUUCGGUCUUUCUUGGCGUGACAUUAGGGGUAACUCUAUUUUGAUCAUUGUGUUUAGAGACAACUUCAACUGGCUCAAUCUCAAAUGGAGUCUUGCAGUAAACGGAGAACAUGGCAACGAUUUGUUCAAUAACAAGAUCAGUCUUUGUCUUAUCGGUACCCGUUACUUCAAUGAAUACGUUUUUGGUACUCAACGUAAUCUUGGAGUGGUUAGAGUUGAUAAUUGGUGGCAAAGAGCACACGGUCCUCUUGGAGUCAAAAAUGACUGGAUAAACUGGGGAAUCCCUAAUGAUGUGUAA